AUGGCCCUACCACUUGCAGGACUUGCAGGAAAGACCGCCAUAAUAACAGGCGCGGGAUCAGGAAUCAACCUCUCCUUCGCCCGUGCUCUCCUCACCAAACGCUGCAAUGUCGUCUUCGCAGACCUAGCCCUCCGCCCCGAAGCUCAAGAGCUUGUAUCCAAUCAUGCCAAUCGGUCGCAGUCCCCCGCCAAAGCAGUCUUCCAAAAGACAGACGUCCGAGACUGGCAACAGCUAGAGCGUAUGUUUCAUGUUGCAAGCAAAGAGUUUGGAGGUGCGGAUAUUGUCUGUCCAGGUGCUGGCGUCUAUGAGCCUCCCUUCUCUAACUUCUGGCAUCCACCGGGGAAACCUCCUUCCGAAGACGAUCCGACAUCAAACCGCUACGCCAUCCUCGACAUCAACCUCACCCAUCCAAUCCGCACAACCCAGCUCGCCAUCUCCCACUUCCUCUCGUCCUCCUCCUCCUCCUCCUCUUCCAACAAAGAGAAGUCCUCUCCGAAAUCAAUCGUCCACAUCUCCAGCAUAGCAGGCCAAGUGACUCCACUCCCUGGCCCAAUCUACAAUGCGACAAAGCACGGCAUCAACGGCUUCGUCCGCUCGCUCGCACCCCUCGACUCUCGACUCGGAAUCAGAGUAACUGGCGUCGCCCCAGGCGUAAUCAAGACGCCAUUGUGGACCGAAGCGCCGGAGAAACUCAAGUUAAUCGCUGAUGACGAUGCGUGGGUGACACCCGAGUUCGUAGCGGACGUUAUGGUCUCGCUCGUUGAGAAUCAGACUGUCCGUGUGUCGGCCGGCUUGGGCGCCACGGGGAGUCGAUUGAGCAGUGGCGAUGCUAGGGAGGGUACGAAAGAGGUGGCCGUCGAGGGAGGUAUGAUCCUGGAGGUUGCAAAGGGGAGGGUGAGGGUUGUGGAGCAGUUCAAUGAUGUGGGGCCUAGUGGGGAGGGCAAUACCGUGGGGAAUAUGAGGGUUGCGGAAGAGGAGAUCUUGGAGAGGCUGGCGGGUGGUGGGUGGGGUGUUGAUUAG